UGGCCCCGCGGGCCAGGCGCACAUGGACUGGAGGGGUGGUUCACAGGCCGCCUUCUCGCGUUUGAGGGUUUAGGGCUGGAAGCCGCCUGUAAGAGCCCAGGCGCGCUCUGGGUUUCGAAACCUUUCCCGAGUCUGGCAGAGUCCUGGCCCCUGACCCUCCGCAGCCGCGCUGGCCUCUGCACGGGGCGCCUGAGAUUCCCUUAAGGAGCCUGGACACAUGUCCACGGAAGCGCGGGGUCUGGGCGCCCUCGGGCCGCGUCGCCGUCGUCUCUCCCCGCUUUCUGUCCAAAUGCCCUGCCACCCAGGGCCGCGUGUGCACGUGAGGGUCCUGGGAGGGCAGGCCCCCGGGUAGUUAGGGGUCACACCCUCCUGGGACCACCCGGGUGCCCGGUCUGUGCUCAGCUCCAAAGGGGGUGACAGUGACAGUCAUUGUCCCCUUCUCAGCACAAGUGAUGGCUCUGGGGACACUGGCUCCUUGGCCAGGGGACCGUCCUGGCAGGUGCGUGUCAGUCUCCGGCUCAUCGUCAAUUUGGCUGCCGUCCGUGGGACUUGGGGUGGUGGUUUUGUUUGGUUGGUUUUUGUCUUUUUAGGGCCACACCCGCGGCCCAUGGACGUUCCCAGGCAAGGGGUCGAAUCGGAGCUGCAGCUGCCGGCCACGCCACAGCCACACACUUGAGUACGGCCUCCUAAGCCACCUGGUGAAGGCGUUAGAGCCCUGCCCUCUGGGGCACCUGCGGGCCACCCACGCGUGCAGAUGCCUCCUCGGAGCGAGCAGGGGCACGGUUGCCUCCCUGGGCUUUCCCUUCCCCUGCGCCCCUCGGCACCACCUUGGCUGUUGGCAGGGCCCACUGCGGCCUGCUCCUUUCUGGGCACCUCCUGGGCCUUGGAGGCAGAGCGGAUCCUCCUCCGAGAGCUUCCUGGACGCGGGGCCCCGUGCAGGUCCGUGUGUGCGGUGGGCGCAGACACCCAUCCGACUUUGACUGUGUUGCAGCUUGAGUGUCCAUCUGUGGACGGGGCGCAGGGGUCUCUAGGGGCGUCUUUGUAGCUUUCCAUGUUAGGAUCUUGCACGUCUGUUUCAGGGUUUGUGUGUUUUCCCUGUCGAUGGUUGUUGCUUUUGAUGCUGUUCCACCCGACCCUCGGUAACGCGUGCAGCCGCCCGCACCAGCCACCUGCAGAACGUCGGCAGCCGACGGGGGGCCUUGCGGACCCCACCUGCCUCGCCCAGCAUGUCUUCAGGGCUCGUGCCUGUGGCGCACUCGCUCAGCACAUCCGUGUCCCUGCUGGUGACGCCGCUGCCAUCCCAUCUGCUGGCCUCGCCACGUCCGCUGACGGACACCUGCUGCCGUCGCAGGCAGGAGGAGGCUCCCGACCAGAGAUGGCCCUCUCCUGUCCCCGCGGUGGUGCCUGUGUCAGGGUGCAGGGCAAAGGGGAAUGAGGCUGCUCCUCCGCCGACCUCCAGACGGUGAGGGUGACCUGGACUUUGCGGGGGGUCUCCGUGUAAUUACAGGGGUCCCUAAAAGUGGAAGGGGGGAGGGCAGCAUGAGGCAGGGAGGGGAGGCUGCGACCCCUAGUUGCUGAGUUUUGCAAAGGGAGGGCGGUGGGGAGCCUCCAGCAGUGGGAAAGGCCGGGGACAGAGUUUGGCCCCAGAGCCCCCCAAGGAACAGCUCUGCUGACCCUGCAGUGCAGGGAGGCUGCUGUCAGCCUCGACCUCCAGAACGGCCAGGGGCUACGUUCGUGUUGUAAUAACUGAGUUCGGAAUGAUUUGACAGAGCAGCCAUUUGGAAAUUAGUAGAUGUUCUUUUAAUGUUGUGGCUGCACUCAGGGCAUGUGGAGGUUUCGGGGCCAGGGAUUGAAUCCCAGCCACAGCUGCCUGUGACCUACACCGCGACCAUGGCAACGCCAGAUCCUUUAACCUACUGAGCAGGGCUGGGAAUCCAUCCACCCCUCACCUUGGCAGUGACCUGAGCUGCUGCACUUGGAUUUUUUUGUUGUUGUUCUUUUUAGGGCUGCACCCACGGCAUAUGGAGAUUCCCAGGCUAGGGGUCGAAAUCAGCUACAGCAGCUGGCCUACACCACGGCUCACAGCAACACCAGAUCCUUAACCCACCAAGCGAGGCCAGGGAUCGAACUUGCGUCAUAAUGGAUGCUGGCCAGUUUCAUUCACCACUGAGCUACAGCGGGAACUCCUGUUGACAUUUUUUAUAACAAACGGGUGUGGAAAUUUUUUUCGCCACAUCCACAGCAUGUGGAAUCCAUUUCCAGGCCCAGGAUUGAACCCGUGCCAUGGCAGCCACAACACCAUAUCCUUAACCUGAUGCACCACAAGGGAGCUCCUGGGUGUGGGGUUGGGUCAAAUGUUUUCCUGCAUCCAUUGAGAUUAUCGUGUGGGUUUUGUCCUUUAUUUGAUGGUUUAUUGUUAAUUGAUUUUUAGAUGUUGAACCAACUUUGUAUUCCUGUGAUAAAUCUCGCCUAUGGAAGGUCCCAGGCCAGGGAUUGAACCUGAGCCACAGCAGGAUCAGUCCUUAACCUGCUGCGCCACAAGGGAGCUCGUGGUACUGACAUUUGAGGGAUUUUGUGCUCAUGAAGGACACCGGUCGCUGGCUCUCCGUUUGGGAUCAGGCUCACACCAGCCUCACACAGUGAGUGGGGACGUGUUCCCUCCUGUAUUUUCUGGAACCGCUUGUGAAGGGUGUUACUGAGAGAAUGUAUUUGUGAAGCCGUGUGGACCUAAGGUUUCUUUUUGCCUCGGAAACUAAGACGUUUUAGUUGAAGCUGAAGGCGUGUGCUCAUCUCACCUUCCCUGGAGGUGUGCCCGGGCCUUGGUAGGGCCUGCUUCUUCCUCUGUGGUGGAUACUGAUGUCUCCUCUCGCAGUCGUGAUUUUGGUCAUUUGUGUCAUCUUGUUGGUCAGGGUUUUUUUCUGUUUUCCAUUUCACUGAUCUCCCUGCUCAUCACUCAUUUCUUUGCUUCUGCUUCCUUUGCUUUUGUCUGCUCCUCUUUAGUGUUUAAGGUAGAGCCCCUGGGUUUGCUUGGAGCCUUUCUUCUUACACAGAAGCACCGUAUAAGCUGCACUGCUCAGCUGCAGCCCAGACGUGGGGAUGCUAUGUGUUCAUUGUCACCUUUGUGACGCACACUCUUUACAUGUUAACUUGCUUCCCAGUGUCUGGGGUUUUCCAGACUUCGUUUUGUUAUAAAUAUCUAAUUCCACUGGAGCUUGAAAUUAUACACAGUAUGUUCUAGCUUUAAAAAUUUGUUGUGGGAGUUCCCGUCGUGGCUCAGUGGUUAACGAACCCGACGAGGAACCAUGAGGUUGCGGGUUCAACCCCUGGCUUUGCUCAGUGGGUUAAGGAUCUGGCGUUGCCGUGAGCUGUGGCAUAGGUCGCAGAUGCGGCUCAGACCCUGCAUUGCUGUGGCUGUGGUGCAGGCCAACAGCUGUGGCUCCAAUUCAACCCCUAGCCUGGGAACCUCCAUAUGCUGUGGGUGCAGCCCUAGAAAAGACAAAAAAAAUUGUUGGGCUUUGUUUUGUGGUCUAAGAUCCUGUCUAUCCUGUAGAAUGUUCCAUGAGCACCUGGCGAUGCUGAUGAUGUCUUUUAAAUAGAUUCAGGCGUUCCUGUCGUGGCAAAAAAAAAGAAAAUUGAAUGAUGGAAUGAAGAAGAUGUACCUGUUACUUGUAGAAUCCUUCAGAUUAAAACAAGGAGAGGAGUUCCGGUUGUGGUGCAGCGGAAAUGAAUCUGACCAGGAACCAUGAAGUCGCAGGUUUGAUCCCUGGCUUCGUUCAGUGGAUUAAGGAUCUGGCAUUGCCGUGAGCUGUGGUGUAGGUCGCAGACUCAGCUCAGGUGUGGGCUGGCAGCUGUAGCUCCUAGGAGACCCCUGGCCUGGGAACGUCCAUGUGCUGCAGGCGCGGCCCUGAAAAGCAAAACAAAUAAAUAAAUAGGUUCAGCUGCGUGAAUGCCCUGUUAUCGACUGGACCGUUUAAAGAUACUCCAGUUGUGCGUACUUAUCUUCCUUUUCAAUAUCUAGUUCUUUGGCCCCUUUCAAACUAGACGGGGCGGUAUUCUUUUCUUCAACAGAGGAUUAUUAAAACAGACAUCAGAGGAAAGAAAAAUUAGUGCUUGUAGAGCUGGAGAAGUCAAGCUUCUGGCCUAAGACCAUUUGCUGACAAAGAAAAUUCCUUGAACUGCAGAGUGGGAGGAAGGAUGGAGAAGGCAGCAAGGGCCUGAUGGGCUGGACCCCCCCACCACCCCCCAGGGCCCCAGCUGGGCUCGAAGCCCAGGGCAGAGGUGGUCCUGGCCUCUGCUGAGCGCUGACGGUUCCGAGGGACAGUGGAGCAGGUACACAUGCCCAGGGGCAGCAUGGGAGCAGGACCAGCCUUGCCUUUUUCUCUGGAUCCGCAGCGCCUGCGCGGCGCUCCCAGAGCCACUGAGACCCACUUACUCCCCGGGCCUCGCUGCUGCCCCAACGUAGAACUAGUGUCCCCAGAAGUGGACGGUCCAGGUAAAGCCUCUUCCCCUGUGGUUGUGCGAAGAGAUGAGGGAUGGGAGUUUCAGAUGCCGGCAGGAGCCGGGGGUCACGCAGCACUGUGAGUGCACGAAACGCCACUGAGUUUCACUGUACGCUGGGUGAAUCUCAUCUCAGCUUCAAUAAAAAGCGAAGAGUCUCAGUGGUAACAGGCCGUCACUGCUGAGAGCUGAGCUGUAGGGAAAUAACCUCCCCGGGCCUGCACAGGACUCGUGCAGGGCGGGGAGGCGGCUGCAGGAACACAGCGAGGACCCAGGGCUCUGGCUGCCGGAAGCAAGACCACCACCCGGGGGCAGGGCCAGAGGGUCCCAGGGAGUGACCGGAGCGCAGCUUGGUGAGGGAUGGAGCCUCCCGCCAGCAGACAGGUGACAGCAGCUGAGAAACACCCUACAAGUCCUCCCAGGAAGAGGGGCGCGGGGAAGAAACCCAGGGAGCCUGACGGCAGGGUCACCACGGGGCUGGGCGGGGGUGGGGAGUUAGGCAGGAGGAGGAGAGACCCCCAGGGGCCGGGAAAGCCGGCGCCCAGGCUGCGAGGCCAGCGAGCAGAGGGCCGCACGUCGGCGCGGGCUGGGACCCUGGCGGGGUACGGGCGUGUUGGGAAACGGGCACAAGAACACGUUUCCACCAGUGGCCGAGGCAGCCAAGGGAGAGCCCCACUAACAUUCAAGGCAGCGUCACUAGUUCCUAAAACAAGCAACAUCAGGCUCCGCCCCGCAUGAGCUCCCGCAGGCCCCGAGAAGCGGGGCAGCUCCGGGCCUUAGCGUUGCCCAGGCCAGAUGGGCCGGAGCCGAGCAUCAGAGGGGCCCGGCCCGGGGGCAGGACAUCUUGGCCCUGGGAGCCGCUGCGCUGCCACACAUACCCAGGAGGCCGUGCCCGGUGCCACAGCAGCGCCUUGCCCACCGCCCAUCUUCAGGCCCUUCCUCCCGGCAACACUCCCUCCAGUCGGGCCACCCCGGUGUCCCCGCCUCACUGCUGCGGGACAGCCCAGCCUCCGGGCUCCAGGGCUCGCCCCAACCCGAGCACACAGGUCGGAGCCCUCGCUGCCUCCCUGCCCAGUGCUCGGCCCCAACGGCUCAGACCCAAGCUGGGGCCACAUGCUGCUGCCGCCACCUCCCGCUCAGGCCACCGCCCCAGCCUCCUCGCCAGUAGCCUUGAGGUCGGCUGUGCGCACCCUUCUGCACAGCUCAGAGGGGGCGCCCCAGUCCCCACACGUCCUGACCGCACCGGGCCUCCUUCCCCCCAACCCACCGCCCCGGGCGUCUGCAUGGCUCGCCCCUCCGUCCCGCCUGGCGCCCCCGCCUCCUCGUCUGACCUGCGGAGUCCGCGCGUCCCACCGUCGCCACCAGGACAGACAGCAGCUCCAGGCGGGGGCAGGGCUGUGCCUGCGCCCCCCGCGUCCCCACCGCAUCUCGGUAUCUGCCCCCCCACCCCCCCCCCCGUCAGCGUUCAGAUGCUGGUAACCCACCCGUGGGGUCAGGAGUGGGGCCCGCAGGAGGCUCAGCAAGUGUCCCCGCACACCAGACCCGGGAGUGAUUCAGAGACAAGAGCAGCAGGAAACAAAGCACGCACCUCUGGGGACAAAGCCGCGACCAUCAGACCUUGUCCCCACUUGGUGGGGGGCGGGGGGGGACACACGAGUAUUUACCGCAGCCCCGGCCACACCUGAGCUCUCGCGACGCCCCCUAGGGGCCGUCCCCAGAAGACCCACCUGUGGCCAGAGGGCGGGCCGUCCAGGGAGAGGCUGGUGCGCCCCAGGGGCGACGCGGUGACGCCCCAGACCACCACGCCGGGGCUCCUGGAGGGGGCCCCAUAUUCCAGGGCAGGCGCCCCCUCCCCUCCGCCCCUGCCCACCUUCCUUGGCUGUUCCUGGCGUGUUGCCUUUACAGGAAAACUCAACUCCUGAGGGAGCGUUGCCCUGAAUCCUGAACCAACCAAGUGAGUGACUUGAUGUGAGGGUCAGGAGAACCCCUCAACUUGCAGCCAGUUCGUCCAAGUGUUGGGGGCCCGGGGAACCCCCAUCCUUCACGGUAGUCUGAGGCGAAGGCAGUCUUGACGGGGACCAGAGAGCCAAGCCGAUGAAUCCGCCGCAUGUUCAUAAACCGCAACUCCUCCGCCCCGUCCAGGGGUCAGCACUCCAGCCCCGUCCUGACACCAAAGCCCAGGCCUCACACCUAAGAGCAGAGUACCAGAUCCCGCUCCAUGAGGGCCAG